CGAUAUUUGUCGUUACAUCGAAUCGCUAAGUUCCGAAAAUUGUCGAAAGGCAAGCGAUGCAUUCGAACGCCUCGCUAAGGCCUAACGAUAGUCGUUAACCAUCAUCGACAGUCAGUGACAUCAAGCAAAACGACAAGUACUCGAGUGAGAAUUGUACGGAGAGUUUUUUUUACACACGUUUUGACAAAUAAAGUUGAUUGAAAUAUUAAUAUUUCAAUAGUUACUUAUAAGUAAACACAUACCCGCCAACACCAAGAUUAUAUCGCCAAACAACAACAAGUAAUCGAAAUGGCUAAUGGAUAUCUUGCCCUUGAUUUAGUCGCUUUAGAAAACCGUUUCCAACUAUUAGAGCGAAGAGUGGAGAGGCAAGCUUUGCGUGAGACACAAGACCCAUUCGACUUAACUGUCACUGAAUUUACGGAACGGUACCGUUUGACGCCAGAGUUAAUGUCAAACCUUGUAGAUUUAUUAGCACCUCAUCUGCAGGACACCAGAAUGACGGGAUUAUCUGUAGAAAAACAGAUAUUAUCAACAGUACGAUUUUAUGCCACUGGCUGCUUUCAACGUCCUGUAGGAGAGCAAUGGGGAAUAAUAAUGAGCCAGCCAUCAGUAAGUCGAUGCAUACACAGAGUAACUGAUGCCAUCAAUGAACACAUAUUUCGUCAGUGGAUACAAUUUCCCAUGACUAUGGAGGCCAGGCAGCAAGCAAGACAACAAUUUCAAACUGCUUCCCAACCAUUUGAUGGAGCUAUAGGAGCGAUAGAUUGCACCCAUGUGGCAAUACUUGCUCCUAAACAGGGUAUCCAGAUAUGCGACCCAAAUUUAAAAAUCCUCAACGUCAAUGCAAGAUAUCCAGGAGCAAGGCAUGACGCGUAUAUAUGGAGUGCCUCUGCUGCACGUAGCGUUAUGGAAAGGGCUUAUCAACGCGGCGAUCGGAAAACAUUCCUCAUCGGUGACCAAGGAUACCCGUUGGAACCCUGGCUACUUACUCCUUUGCCACAUGAACCUGUAGGAAAUCCACGCUUUCGACACAAUGAGGCCCUUUGCAGUGCAAGAAAUUGUAUCGAGCGGCUUUUCGGCGUAUUGAAAAGUACCUGGCGGUGCCUUUCAAAACACCGAGUCCUACAGUAUGAUCCUGGCACAGCGGGAAGAAUUGUUAACGUGUGUGCAGUUUUGCACAAUAUGCGCAUUAAUCAUCGGUUACUCAAUGACGAUGUAUUGGAUGACGUCAUCCAUGAAGAAGACGAUGUAAACCAUGCUGAUGAAUAUGAUUUUCAUCCAGAUGCUAACAUUCGACCUCUGCACGUCGCUUCCAAGAUCUCCUGAUUAGGCAAAGAUUUGGCGAAUAGCUUAAUUAUAUCGGAUUAUUGUUCAUUCUGUGUGGAGUUACACAUUUUCAUAGGAUUUUUGCAUUUUCGUUUUGCUGCAUAUAUGUUAACAUUCUAACAUGUACUUAGAAUGUUUAUGCUUCCUCAUAAAGGAAGCUAUGUUUCUAUGAAAAACUUUUGUUUAUACUUCAGCUUAUAACUUCCUUAAACCGAACAUGGCGUCAUAAUUUUAUAUCUUGUUAUGCCCCACGAUAGGAUUCGUCGUAUAGUUAAUCUCCAGACGCAAGGUCAGCAUUAGACGAAUGCUGACCCUAUGCAUAAGGUGUUAAGAUAAAAGCGACGAGAGACACCUUGUGAGCCACAGCGGUCACUCGCAAAGUUCCUAGCUAAGAGUGAAGUCCUGGAGCGCAAUUCAUAGUUGUGAAUAAUUAGUAUCAUUGUACCUACUCCUAUUAAAUCUUGUGUUACCUUAGUAUUUACAUUAAACCAACUUCAAUAAACUAUAAUAGUUCUCUAUAUAAUUCCAAA